AUGGCUUUCUCUUCAUGUCUCAAAUGCUAUCUCUGGCCUCACUCUCAGAGUCAAAUCCUAAGCCAGCCAAAUUCCAUCUCUUUCUAUCAUAAACCUAACUCCCAAUCCACCGUCUCCUUUGCCUCGAGGAAACAGCAUGAGCAAUUGACCACCCAAAUUCAAACCUCUUCCUCUACACUGUCUUCCAAUUUCACUUCUACUCAAUUGCUUGACAGUCUCCGUCGCCUGAGCGACGAAUCCUCCGUGCUUCGAUUGUUUGAUUGGGCGUCAAAGCAGCCCAACUUCAGGCCCGAUGCCUCGAUAUACGAAGAGAUUCUAGCCAAACUCGGGAAGGUGGAAGAGGCAGUGGAGGUCCUAGAUGAGAUGCUUUCUAGGGAUUGUUCGCCUAAUACUGUUACUUAUAACACUUUUAUUAGCACGUUAUGUAGGGAGAACCAGAUUGAAACAGCCACUGAACUUGCUCGUGUUAUUACAAGCAAAGGAAUUUUACCUGAUGUUUGUACAUUCAAUUCUCUGGUACAAGGUCUCUGUUUGACCAGAAAUCAUAGUAUUGCAGUGGAACUAUUUGAGGAGAUGAAGAAUAAAGGGUGCAUACCUGAUGAAUUUACAUAUAAUAUGUUGAUUGACAGUCUCUGUUCCAAGGGCAGGCUGGAAGAGGCUUUGUAUUUGCUUAAAGAAAUGGAAGGAAGUGACUGCGCUCGCAGUGUUAUCACCUACAAUACUUUGAUUGAUGGAUUCUGCAAAGCUGGGAAGAUUGAAGAAGCAGAAGAGAUCUUUGAUGAGAUGGAGAUCCAAGGGGUUUCACGAAAUUCUGUGACCUAUAAUACACUUAUCGAUGGACUUUGUAAGAAGAAGAGAGUGGAGGAGGCUGCACAGCUUAUGGACCAGAUGAUAAUGGAGGGAUUAAAGCCUGACAAGUUUACCUACAGUUCUAUGCUAACAUUCUUCUGCAGGGCUGGGAAUAUUAAAAAGGCAGCAGAUAUUGUACAGACCAUGACUUCAAAUGGAUGUGAACCAGACAUUGUUACCUACGGGACCCUAAUUUUGGGCCUCUGCAAGGCUGGUAGAGUUGAUGUUGCGAGCAAGCUUCUUAGAUCAAUUCAGAUGAAAGGUAUGAUUUUGACUCCACAGGCAUAUAACCCUGUAAUUCAAGCACUAUUUAGGAAAAGGAGAAGUACUGAAGCCAUGAGGCUUUUUAGAGAAAUGAUGGAGAAGGGUGAACUUGCAGAUGCAAUCACAUAUAAAAUUGUAUUUCGUGGUCUCUGUAAUGGAGGAGGACCAAUUGGAGAAGCUGUUGCUUUUUUGAUUGAGAUGAUUGAGAAAGGUUUCAUACCUGAAUUCUCAUCAUUCUAUAUGCUGGCUGAAGGACUUUGUACAUUAUCAAUGGAGGAUACUCUAAUCAACCUUGUAGAUACAAUAAUGGAGAAAGCAAACUUCUCAAAAAGUCAAGUUUCCAUGAUAAGGGGUUUCCUUAAAAUCCGUAAAUUUCAAGAUGCAUUGGCUACCCUUGAUGGUAUCUUGGCUAGCCAGAAACCAAAGAAAGGUUACUGGUCAAGAUGAGGUUUGAUGUUGCUCUAUGCAAAACAGUUUGUGAAGAUGGAAGCUGCAGCUUGAUGUUUGGUUGUAUGAAGUUGCAGACUUGAUUGGUCUUGAUGGGUAACCAUAUAGUGUGGACUAAACAAGUCUCCUAGAAAAUUUUGGAUGAUGUGCUUGGAGGCUGGAGCAACAUUCUUGCUUGCAACUAUUACUUCUCCUUAUAUCAGCAAUUAGGUUUUUGCAACACUUUGCUUGAUAACAAUUUGACAAUAGUUUCUUCCUGCCCUUCUUGUUAGGAAGAGUGAAGGAACAUAACAGAAUUUUUUUGGGCAAAUUACUA